CUCUCCUUCAUCCAGACCUUUGGCGAUCUGUCUAUUAAUCUGUGGUGCUACCCAGUGAAAAACGAUAUAAGUUCUCCAACCGGGUAACGACACAACCAAAAAAAAAAAAAAACAUCUGCAUGUUUGUUGCGAUUUAAAUGAACAAAGUGGAAAAUAAAAUUGAAAAUAGCUCGACGUAUUUUAUACAUAAAUGGUUCCCCUGAAAAUCUGCGUUCAACGAUUAUGGAGAAGCAGGUUCAUUCGGAAAUGAUCAUGAAGGAGGAGGAACAGGACGAGGAGGACGUGAAGGAGGACCGAUGUUCCAGCGAGAGCAGCAAAAGCAUCACCCUCGAUGCUUCGGCGAUCGGGAUACGACCGAAGCCUCUGCUCUGCAAGCCGGAGAACGUGAGCAUCGGCUGCAAGUCGGAGCCGAUCGAGAGGAAGUGGCAGUGGGCCCCAGGAGCGUGGCAGGACGCCACCAGGACGAGCGCGUUUCAGCCCUACAAGCCACCCACCCUGUUGACAAAUCUGCAAAGAGGCAACACUCAAACCCAGAUACAUCAGCUGUAUGUGGAGAACAAUAUCACAUUUCAUACUCUGGCGGGUCAAGGGGAACUUACCCACGAGCAUAUAUCUUCAAAUUCAGUAGAUGCGACUGAUGAGAAGGGGUUGACAGCAUUAAUGUGGGCCUCUGCUUAUGGACAAUUAGGUACUAUUAGACAGUUGCUCAAAUGGAAUGCCAAAAUAAAUCGUCGUGGACCAAGGGAGACGAGUUUGCAUCUGGCAGCUGCUUACGGUCAUUACGAUGUUGUUAAACUAUUGUUAAAUCAUGGUGCUGAUCCUAACACAUCCGAUGAGGAUGGUAAUACACCACUAAUCUAUGGAGCAUAUUUCGAUCAUCCACGUGUGUGUUAUGAAUUGUUAACAAAGGGUGCAGAAGUAACAUAUACUAAUUCUUCGAAUAUAAGUGCUUACAAGGCAGCUAUUAUGAAUAAUUCGAUGAAUGCCAAAGCAGUUAUUGAGAAUCACCUGAUACCACAAAUUAUAAAUAUGCCAACAGAUGAAUUGUAACAAUUAUUUAUAUAUAU